AUGAACGGUUUUCUGCUUCUUCUAUUCGUCACCGGCGCUUUGGGUGCUGUUUCGCCCCUGUUUGGAACAGUUCCUAAAGAUGAGUACGAUUGGAAGAUCGUUGGUGGUAGUGAUGCACCAGAAGGAGCGUAUCCUUACCAAGUUUCACUGAGAAGGUUUGGGAGCCAUAGCUGUGGUGGUUCCAUCGUUGACGCGACUACGGUUAUGACCGCCGCACACUGCGUCACUGGAUCUAAACCGAGUGCCUUACGUGUUGUGGUAGGCUCAAAUAAACUCAACUCGGGAGGGGUUUCGUACGAACUUGAAUCAAUCAGGGCUCACACCGGAUACGACUCCUGGCGCUUCACAAAUGACAUCGCCAUUUUAAAGCUGAAAACUCCCAUCUCAUUUACGGAUAAAGUGAAAUCCGUCGAUCUGGAAACCGAAUACCUCGGUGCCGACGUAGAUUGUGUUUUGAGCGGAUGGGGAAGAUUAAACUAUCCUGGCUCACUUCCAAACAACCUCCAACACAUCGAUCUGAAGACUAUUACGAGCGAAGAUUGCGCCAAGCUUCUCAAUCUCAACUCCGUCGAUCGCACGCAUGUUUGCACUUUAACUAAGGCUGGCGAAGGUGCCUGCCAUGGUGACUCCGGUGGUCCAUUAGUCGCCAACAAGCAAAUUGGUAUCGUGUCCUUUGGACGUCCAUGUGCCAAAGGUUAUCCUGAUGCGUUCACCAGAGUGUCCGCCUUUACGGACUGGAUCGAAAAAAAUAGACAUUGA